AUGGGGUCCCCGGUGCCAGCAGCGUCCCGGUGCCGUGACCCAGGCCCCAUCUUUGGCGCGGUGGCUCCCGAGAUGAUUGAGGAGACGCUAAUCCGCUUGGCCACGGAAAACGAACAGCACCUGAGCGAGCUGUCGGACUGGGCUGGGUGCUUCAAGGAGACACAGAUAGUGGAAUUUAUAUUCCUUUUGUCUGAAAAAUGGCACCUGGACCAGUCAGCGAGGUACCAGGCGGUGGAGUUACUUGAAAGGUUUAUGAUCAAGCAAGUAGAACCCAUCUGUAAGUCCUCCAGAGAGAACAUUAAAAGCCAUGAGGAGGGACGAGGGAGCAGCUGGAGCUCCCUGAGAGAUCAGCUGCACAGCACGUUUGUCCUGCGCCUUGUCUCGUGCGUGCAGCUUGCGAGCAAACUUUCCUCACACUACAAUAUAGUUAACAGUGACACAGCUUUAAAAUUUCUGCAGUCCUUAAAAUACUCGUACACUAAACUGGAAUUGCUUGAGUCAGAGCUUGCUGUUUUAAAAACUUUGCACUUCCAGAUCAACGUGUCGACUCCUCUGGCCUACACGGAAUUGCUGCUGGAGGUUUUAGGACACAACGGCUGCCUGCUUCCUGCAGAGCCACUGCAUCAGAUGUGUGUGCAGCUACUGGACUUCUCCUAUCUUACCCGAGAUGCCAUCUAUGAGACUUUGUUGAAGAUUGCCAUUGAAAAUUCAACACCAAACCAACUGCAGGUAGCAAAGUUUCUGACAGUAAAGGAAGAUUUCAUGCUCUUGGCUGUUGGAAUCAUCAGCACAAGCGUGUUUGUACUAAACCCUGAGCAGUGGAAGCAGGUUGUGGAGCAUUUAAACUGUAUCACUGGCAUCACUGCACAAAGCAUCUCAGAGUUUUCUUACGCCCUCCUGAAACACAUCAUUGGCAGCACCACUCCGAAGCAGCACUACAGGGACUGUCGAGCAAGAGCUCCAGAGAACAGAUUUAUGCCUCUGAAAUAG